CCCUGCCAGGAAGGGGGAGCUGAUGUAAAAACUCUGGGGAGGCCUUCGGCUUGGAGGGCCAGACUGCGGGGCUACGAGCUGGCUGAUCUCAGCACACACCCACAGACCUCACAGAUUCCAGCAGCCCAGGGGAGUCCCCGGAGCUGCCUACAGCCAUGUCCGCCCUCGGCCUGCUCAUUCUGGGCCUGCUCUCCGCAGUGCCACCCGCCAGCUGUCAACAAGGCCUGGGGAACCUGCAGCCCUGGAUGCAAGGCCUGAUCGCCAUGGCCGUGUUCCUGGUCCUCGUUGCAAUCGCCUUUGCUGUCAACCACUUCUGGUGCCAAGAAGAGCCGGAGCCCGUGAACAUGGUCGUGACAGUUGGCAACAAGGAAGAUGGGAUCCUGGCAGGAACGGAAGGAAAGUACUCCUCGAUGGCGGCCAGCUUCAGGUCUGAUGAGCAUGAGAACGCCUAUGAGAAUGUCCCCGAGGAGGAGGGCAAGGUCCGAAGCACCCCCAUGUGACCCCACUUGCCGGUGGCCCCCAGCGCUGAUCCUGGGCGCCUGUAAUCAAUGCCAUGCCUCUGAGCAGGAAUCUACAGUAACAGGCCGACUUCUCCAACCACACCCCACCCCACCCUCCCUUGAAUCAUCCUGGCCAACUUCGGAACUCAGACUGUGCCUGGGUUGGGGCUCCACUGUGACUCUGAGGUCUCCUGGAGGGGGGGGUCUCCCACUCAAUUCAAUUCAGGAGACCCUUCUGAAGGAGACAGUCAGCUCAGCACCUCCCAUCCUGCCUACAUUUCCUCCCCUCACUGUGGAAAUGGCCUUAUUUCUGUGAAUAAAGACUUUUUGUACUUCU